GCAGCAAGCUAAUCAGCAGGAGUUUCUGGCCUGAAGCAGGUAGAGCAGCAAGGUCUUACACAGUAUCAGCAUCCCCUUUCCCCAAAGAGUCUGUCUGGGAAGCUCUCCGUCGCACCACCACUCUGAUCCAUCUGUGGCUGAAGGAUAGCAUGGCGACCAUUGCCGCUGGAUAAAUCGCCUGAUCCUCCUUCUCAUCCCAUUGUAAAAACCAAACCUUAGUUUUCUCAGUUAACGAAGUUCGCCACGAACCAUUGAUAUCCGUGAGCUAAGAACCACCAGUAGCCGUGUGGUAAGAACCAUUCCUAGCCGUGUGCUACGGCGCGGCUCAUCGUAACCGGUGAGCGGCGUCGGCGUGGAAUGACGACGGGGGGCUUCUCUGCCAGCAGCAGCUCGACCCCCCUUAUCAGUAGCGGCCGGCCAGUGCCGCUCCGCCGCCAAUCGCGGCGCUCCGUCUCGCCGUCUCCGUUCCGCCUUAGCGCGCCUGCGGGAGCGCAGCACCCGUCGAAAUGGCGGAAACCGCUGUAAAUGAUCGGCCUGCUGCUGCUGCUGCUGCCGCUGCCUCCGCGCCGGGUGCGCCGGGGGGAGCAGGAGCAGCGCACGCAGCCGCUCACGAUGACCAAUCGCAAGGCGGCUCUUUAAAGCCGUGCAUUCUUUCGAAGCUCCAGCAGAGCGCGCCGAGCUCACCGUCUCUCUCGUCUCCCACGACUCUCCCCGCCCUCAAGCCCCAUGUCCCUCCCUUCUCACCAACCCCCUCUUCCUCCUCCCCGCAAGUCCUCUCCUCUUCCCUCUCUUCCUCCGGCUCCUCCCCCCUCACCACCUCCCGCGACUCUUUCACCGCAACGCCGGGCAACUGCGCGCAGCUCGCCUCGUUCCGCGGCCGCUCCCCCUCCCCCACGCCCCCCGACCCCUCGCGCAUCUGCCUCAACCCCAAUGCCGCCGCGUUCGUUCCGUGUUUCUCCGGCGCUGGCGGCAACGGCGGCAACGGCGGAAGCGACGGAAACGGCGGAAACGGCGCAGCGGGUUCUGACGGGGGGAGCGGCGGAAACGGGGAAGGCAGAGGCGGAGACGGGGGAGCGGAUGGUGUCCCCACAGGGGGAAGGAUGUAUGCGGAUGGGAAGGAGCAGGGGGAUGGUUCCGCGGGUGAUGGAAUGUCAGCAGAAGACGUUGAGUACGGCGGCUCCUCGCUAGAUAGGAUCCCCUCCAACACCUCGGUAUCAUCUGACGACGAGUAUCGUCGUUACGUUCGGGACCAGCUCCCGGACGAGUUGAUCAGCUUCGACGACCAGGACGCGCCGAGCCUUAACGGCAGCCUCCUCCCGCCGGACCUGGACGGGCUAGGCUUGGCAGACUCCGAACCUGGCGGAGGCCGCGCCGGACCUCGUCCCGCCGCCGACGGCGGCGCUGGCGGGGAGUUUGUGAUCCAUAGUAAAGUGGGCAUGCGGGGAAGCGGGGAGGGGCGGGGAUGGAAUCCGGACGCGCGGAGCUACUUGGGGGAGCUUCCCCCCGACCAUCCCUUGCACCUUGCCUCCCCGCAUCAGCACCAUCUCCCCCCGCACCUGCGCCAAGGCCCCGGAAGCGCUUCCGCCAGUCCCAUGGCGCACGCGCGGCAUUCUCUAGGCGGGCCUUCCGCCUUCCCUGGCUCUAAUUUCGAGCAAGAAUUUGGGGGCGGCUCCCCCGCGUCGUUUCCGCGGAACCCCCCGCUGCCCAGCGCCGCUGCGGCCGCUCUUCUUGCGCGGCUGGAACUGGGUGGGGGCGGAGGCGGCGGAGCAGGCGGAGGACUGCAUUCGCCCAACGCGCAGCAGCUUGCGGAGCAUCUAGACGGCCAUGGGCCUGGCGGGGGGGGACUUCCGCCCGGCGCAGGUUACCCCUUCGAUAACUACCCUCCCCCGCAUUUCGAGCACUUAGGGGGGGGCAACCAUCCGCGUCCGCCCAACUCCCUCCCCGCUUCCCCCGCCCCCUCUGGUGCGCACCGCUUCAGCCCCGCUCUCCGCGGCAGUCCGCUUCAUUUUUCCACCCCCCGCCACGGCCCCCCCCCUCCCCCGCAUCACAUGCUUCCGCCGUCACAGCUGCUGGGCGGAAGAGGCGGAGUAGGGGAACGGGGUCGCGGACACCCGCCAGGAAUUACGGAAUCGCCAAGACGGGGGCAUUUUGGACCGCCGUUAGAUGGACCUGGGAGAAUGGACGGUCGGAUGGAUGGCAGGAUGGACGGCAGGAUGGAUGGCAGGAUGGAUGGCAGGAUGGAUGGCAGGAUGGAUGGCAGGAUGGAUGGCAGGAUGGACGGCAGGGGAGACGGGCCACCCAUGGCCCCCCCUGGAAGCCCGAUGCCCGGGCCUGGCGGACCUUCUCCCCCCAACGCGCUUUUUCAAGGGCCCGCGGGAAGAGGCGGGCGCGGAGGCGGACCAUUAGGCCCCGGGGGAAUGGGCGGACCUGGCGGGCCUGGCGGAAGGUUUGCGCCUGGUCCGCCGUUCAGCCCGGAAGUAGGCCCGCGCUUGGGCUCUCCGCCGCCCCCCCACAUGAACCCCGCCAGAGGCGGGGGGGGCGGAGGCGGAGGCGGAGGGGGGAAUAUGGGCCCCCCAGGCCUCUCUAACAGCUUCUCCCCCUCUAGGUCCCCGCACCCGCGGUACUCCAGGCCUGGACCGAGGCGGGGAGGGGGAGAGGAGCCGGCAUCGCCUCUUAAUCAGGGUAUAGGGAGUCUAGACCACCGUAGCCCCAUGGGCAUGGGCAGGGGGGGAGGCCACUUGCGCCAUCCGCAGCAGAACCGGCGGAGCAGCCUGGACCAGCGCAGCCCCAUGCACCCUCUGCGGGACCCGCACCAGCUGGGGAGGAGAGCGGGGCCGGGGGGAAGGGGAGGAGGCGGAGGAGGACCAGGUGGGGGAGGCGGAGGGGGAGGAAAUGGGGAGGGCGGCGGCGGAGGGAUGCCCCCAGGAGGGGGCGACACAGGGGUGCAUUUUCCGCCGCCGUUUGAACUGCCCCCAGGGCCUGCGCGGAUAAUGGAUAGAAGGUUCCGUGGACCUUCCGCUGGGUGGAAUCCUGGUCCGCUAGACGAGCUAGACGAGGGGCUUCCCGGCGGGGGGGGACCAGGCGCAGAGUACAAUGGGGGUUAUCCCCUUCAUGACCCCCCGCCCCCGCCUCCCCAUGGCCUUCCCCCGCACGAGCUGGGAGGAUUUUACCUGGACGAGGGGAUGCCGCCGCCCCCAGGAAUGCCUCCCCCGCCGCCCCCCCACCAUCUCCCCCUGCACCAUACCCGCCCGCAUCCCCCGCCCCCUCCGCACGGGCACGCGCCUUCGCCUGGUGGGCAUCCGCGCGGGGGUCCCCCGCCCCCGCACCACGCGCUGGAGGAUCCGAUCCAGGUGCUGGCGGCGGAAUUCCCGGACUUUUCGAUGCAGAGCCUGGCGGACGCAUUCUUUGCGCAUGGGGCGGAUCUAGGCGCGACCCUCGAGGCGCUGUGGCAGCUCCAGCAAUACCAGGAAGACGGAGACCCCUCUCUGCAGUCCGGCCCGGCUCGCUCCUCCCAGCGCUCCCCCCCCCUCGGCUCCCUCUCCAACUUCGCCUCGCCCCCUCCUCCACAUCACCACUCUUCUGCUGCUGCUGCCGCUGCUGGUGGUGGUAGGGGGAGCUCCACUGCCCAUUCCUCCUCCACCUCCCAACUUAAUCGUUUUGGUACUCAAUUAGGGAACUCCCACGGGGGUCCCGGUGGGGCGGAUUCUGCUCCUGGUGAUGGAGGUCCGGACGGUGGUCUGGAUCCGAGCCUGCUCUCCCGCUCCAUGCCGAACCUGAAGCCGUUUGGCUCGGCCGGGCCUGGAGCCCCGGGCUUUGAUGAGAUGCAGUGGUGGGGUCGGCAGCAGCAGGGGGAGCAGGCCGGGGAGAAGCAGGGGUUUCCAGGAGAGAACGACGCAUAUGCUACCAUGUAUGGCGCUCCUACUGGCGCCGGUGCUCGCGCUGCUGGUGCUGGGGCUGGUGCUGAGGGUGCGGGUUCCUUGUGGGAAAUGAGUCCGUUCAAGCAGGGAGGUUUCGAGGGCAAGCGAGGGGAAUCUGAGGAAAAGCAGCAGCAGCAGCAGCAGCAGCAGCAGCGGCGGCAGCAACAGCAGCUGACACAGUCGUUUCGUGGGGAGGAGAUGUUCCAGUUCGAGAGAGCAGGUCUUGACAUGCCGGAUUUAAAGGACUCCGCCCACCCUCUCGCCCAUACCCUCCCUGCCUCCCAGCCAUGCGACAAGUGGGCGCCUGACUCCAUGCCACCACCACCAUCGGCUCUCAAUCCUAGGAGGAGCCUGGAUGUUGACGCGCUCGCCUAUGGCUUCAGGGGAAUGCCCUCGGCCUCCCUUCCUUCUGGCACCACCGAUUCUGCCAGCUUUGGCAACAGCAGCAGCUUCGGCACCAUCAGCAGCAGCGAGUUUAACAGCAGCAACAGCAGCCUUAGCCUCAGCCUUAGCAACGGCAACAGCAACGGCACCGAUUUCAACAGCAGCUUGAGUAUCAGCGUGAGCAUGAGCAACGCUGGCAGCAGUGGCGGGGCUGGCAGCAACAGCAACAGCAGCAGCAGCAGCAGCAGCAGCGCUGCUCGCAUGCUGAGCUUUGAGACGGCUGAUGAGAGGCUGCAACCUGCCCCUCCUUCCUCGUCUGUGUUCAACGAUCCUGCGAGGGUGCUGGAGCUGAGAGGCAUGCACGUGUCAGAUGCUGUGUGCCUGCUGCAGCAGGAGGUCACUGCCCUCCGCUUUGCUGCCCAGCGCACCAAGUCACGGCAGCAGCUCUAUGUGCGUGUCGGCUCUGGUCUGUACACCAGCGACCGCGCCCUGCAGCACAUGCCAGCGGUGGUCGAGCAGUAUCUGGUGGACCAGGAGGGGCUGCACGUGCUGGAGCCUCAGCCAGGGCUGCUACGAGUGUUCAUCCCAUCUGUCCCAUAGGCUGUAGCCCGCUGCCACAUGCACGUGGCACUCCUUGGUGGGUGGAUUACCAUGGGAGCAUGGUUCACUCCCUGGGGAUGUGCAUGCAUGUGUGCAUGUGAGGUGAGCGUCCUCAGCAGCAACGAGGCAUCAUGCUUGCUCUGCUAACUUCUAACUCCCAUGACUCCGUAUCACAACUUCCAAUCACUGUCACCACCACUGCCAAUGCUACCCGCUGCUGAUGACCACCGCACACACAAGCAUGCAUGCAUACAAGCACACGGGCAUAUGCUCAUGCAUGCUUCUGCAUACUAGCACAUGUGCACACGUGGCAUAUUACAUGGCAGCAGCAGUCCAGGUCAUUGGUACCGCCAACCAACCAAUCACAGCCUGACACGUGGACAGCGCAACUGCUGCCCCAGCUAACACCUACCCGACGUUCCGAGCCAACUCGGAAUGUUCCCUGCUGCUUCAACCUACCAACCUAAUCCCUACCUCCUAACUUAGAGAGCAAGCCAUAUCAUGCCAAGCUGCUGCUGAAGAUGCGACUCGGAUAAUGGGAUGGGGAUCCUGCCUCCAACUUCCAGCUUCCAACUUUUUUUGGUGGCAGUCUGGCCAAGAGAGCAACACUGUAAUGGUAACGGUACGAUCAGCGCUGUUACUGGUACCAGUGCUGGCAGUGCUGAUACUGGUACUGGUGCCUGUGCUAAGCAAGCUGCUUUGUGUGAGGCGCUGACCAUACGCCUCAGAGCAAUGCGGCUGCUAACACCUGAUGCAGCGAAUCUAGACGUAAUGCAACACCAACAGCAGCAGCAACAGCGGCAGUAGCAGCAGCCUAGCAGCAGCAGCAGUAGCUGCAGCGACAAUAGCUGCAGCUGCAGCAGCAGUGGCAGCAGCAGAAGCAGCAGCCGCCUAGUCUUCUUUCUGAGGUGCUCACUGCAGUUUGGAUUUGGUUCAUUGCAUUCCUGCUUGGCUUGUGAGUUUUCUAUGCUAUGCUUCUUUGCUUUUAUAGACAGCUCAGGUCUAGUGUUGCUUUAUCGGCAACCGUAGCUCUAAGACUGUUCUGCUUGCUUUUUAACGAUGCGUGGUGGAUAUCUAGUGUAGACUGGGUACUUGUACUAUGGUAGGUUAUGAGUGUUGCUGUAUCUUGUAGCAGUCAUCAUUCUAGUUUGAAUUUGUUGUGAGUCGGAUGACU